GGCUGUCAGUCAGUCACUCUCUGGAGAGGAACGGAGAAGAAAGACCAUCAGAGAUUACUUUAUUCAGUAAUUAUCAAUUUAAUCUAAUAUCUAUCAUCCUCUUUUGAAAAUGGCAAACUGUGGAACCCUGAUGAAGAGUGCGCUGGUCGCUAUUGUCCUGAUGGCUGUGAUUCACUCUGGAUCAGCAGAUUGGAAACUGGCUUCCUGCUGUAAGAAAGUCAACAAACUGGAGAUAACAGAACCAAUCACCGGAUACAUGAUCCAGAAACCUAACCGUGAAUGUGUCCCAGCUAUCAUCCUCCAAACAGAAAAAGGUCUCUUCUGCAGUCCAGUGAGAGCCGAGUGGGUUCGCCGCAAGGUUGUUGCAUUCGAGAAAGCAAAAGCUCAGGCCACCACUUCAUCUGUGGUCCCCUCGUCUACUGUCUCCCUCCUCUCCAUCAUCACAUCCACUGCCUCUUCUCCUUCCUCAUCCUCUCUUCCAUCCUCUCUCUCCACAUCCGAGAUGCCUGCUGAUGAAACCUUUUCAGAAACGGACGACGAGUAGAGCCGCAUCUUCACUACCUCCGGCCAAUGAAAACACCGAGUUUGUCAGAAAGUUAACGUUUAUGGACUGAAACAAAGUAAUGUUUGAAAUAGUACUUGAAUAACAUAAUUAUGUCAAUAUAUGACUUUAUGUUGAAUAUUUAGUUUCUUUCAAUGUCUUUUGAGUGACAUUAUUUAUUAGUUUAAUCUAACCAAGUGUAUUUAUGAAUGUUUACAAGUUACUGGAUACAACUUUAUGAUCAGUGUAAUGUUUUUAUUAUUAUUAUCAUUAGACAUUUUAAAGUCAGCUCUUAAAUAUAUGAAACUGUUUUAAGAUAUUUAUUUAUUUGAAAGCUUGUGAUGACUUUUAUCUAAAGAAGAAAUUGUACGCCCGUUAAAACAUUGGUCAGAAAUAAAUGUUGCACAUGUGAUCCUGCA